GCACCCGGCGGACGGCCUUCAACGCGCUGCACGACGUCCUGCUCACCCGCUCACUUCACACCAAUACCAUCCAUAGCUACUCGGGCGUACACGCUCAACAUUACCAGCCCCAGUCUUAAACCUGGCCAGGCCAGCUCGACGGCAGGAGCGGCAAGAUGCGCACAUACCCGCGCGCAACGCUGAAGCGCCUUGUGCGUGCGCACCUGCGCUCCAAGGCGCAGCCGGCGCAGCUGAGCGCCCGGGCAGACCUGUAUAUUUACCUCGCAUGGGUCGUCUUCCUCCGGCGCCUCGCGCGCGAGAGCAUCGUCGCGAUGCAGAUGGACGCCGACGUCGGCGUCGCGGCGAGUACGCGCACCAUGGCACAGCGGCACGUGCGCUGCGCCGCGCGCCGGCUCGCAAGCCUCAACGACUAUCGCAGGACGUACACGAUCACUUCACCUGGCGUCACUCGAGCAGCAAGCAGAACGCCUCGCCUGGACUCGACGUGCUCGAAAGCAGGGCACGCCUCAACACUCCCACAUGUCCACGCAGUGCAGCUGUCCUAUCGCACGGGGACAAACGCUUAA